CAAAAAUUAUCCCUUCGCUUCCAGGGCGUCGCGUAUCGUGCUCGGUUCAGAGAUCGAUACAUAACAUACAUAAAGAGACAAUAUAUUUAACCUAUGCGUACACUUUCUGUAUAUCUCUAUAUCCAUGUCAGAGUAACCGACGAAGAAGAAAAGAUCGAGAGGUGAGCCUUCUGGAUUUGGGCUCUAUAGAUAAGCGUAUACACAACAUAGAGAAUUCCGUGUGUAUUCUUUCUCCAUAAACCCUUCAAACCUUUUUCCAAUUUUGCCUAGUUUUCCCCUCAAUUUUGCUUCCGAUUCUACAAUCAUGGUUUUGCUAUCACAUUCAAAACCCCCUUUUCUGUGCGAAUUUUGGGGAAUUUGACUGAUAUUUCCAAGGGUUUUUGCGUUACCAUAAAUAUACGAUACACCUAUAUCUUUUUUCAUUUUUCUCUUGGUUCUUUUUGAAUGGGCGAUCUUGCUAUGGAAGAGGAUCGCCCGUUUUCGCCCUCGUUUGCCGCACCAUUGUCUAAUCCGGAUCCGAAUUCGAUUCGGGCGGAGACUUGGGUUUUAGCUGAAGACCCGGUUCGAGAAGUGUUGAAUUGCAUCCACCCGACUUUGGAUUCUGAUGAGAAGAGGAAAGACGUGAUUGAAUACGUGCAGAAGCUCAUCAGAUGCAAUCUCCGAUUAGAGGUAUUCCCAUAUGGUUCAGUGCCACUCAAGACUUAUCUUCCUGAUGGAGACAUUGAUCUAACAGUCCUUAGUACUCCUAACUUGGAUGAAAAUUUGCCUCGUGAAGUUCUUCGUGUUCUUCAAGAAGAAGAGCAGAAUGGAAACACUGAGUUUAUACUGAAGGAUACCCAAUUCAUCGAUGCUGAGGUGAAGCUCGUGAAAUGCCUUGUUCAAGACAUUGUCAUAGAUAUAUCAUUUAAUCAGUUGGGUGGACUUUGUACAUUGUGUUUUCUUGAACAGGUUGAUCGCCUUGUUGGCAAAGAUCAUCUUUUUAAACGCAGUAUUAUUUUGAUAAAAGCAUGGUGUUACUAUGAAAGCCGUAUACUUGGGGCUCAUCAUGGGUUAAUUUCUACUUAUGCAUUGGAAACUUUAGUCCUAUACAUAUUCCAUGUCUUCAAUGCAUCUUUAAAUAGCCCCACAGAGGUUCUCUACAGAUUUUUGGAUUAUUAUAGCAAGUUUGACUGGGAUGAAUAUUGCAUUAGUUUGGAUGGUCCGGUUUCCAAAUCUUCCAUGCCUGACUUUUCUGCAGCUGAAACCCCAGAAAACCAAGGAACAGAUGUUUUGCUAACUGGGGAAUUCAGGAAGAAUUGUAUGGACAUGUUCAUAGUGCCUUCUAAGGGGCUUGAGACAGAUCAACGAGCUUUUACCCUAAAGCAUCUCAACAUUAUUGAUCCCUUGAAAGAAAACAACAAUCUUGGACGUAGUGUCCACAGAGGAAAUUAUUAUCGGAUACGGAGUGCAUUUAGAUUUGGGGCUAAAAAGCUGGGUCGGAUUCUCGAAUCAAGCAGCAAUAUGAAUAUCGGAGAUGAAAUCAAGAAGUUUUUUACAAACACAUUGCAAAGGCACAAACCGAAAUACGGGCCCGCCUUUACAUAG